AUGAACUCAUGGCUCACGAUAAGCCCCGUAAUUAACUCAGUUUUAGCCAGUUUAGUUCUGAUGGCUGCUGAAUCAGAGAACGGCAACUGCAAUGCUUGGGCAGCGAGAGAUCCUUCUGGAGUUCUCUCACCAUACAAGUUUAACCGCAGAGCAGUGCAAAACAGCGAUGUUGCGCUGAAGAUCAUAUACUGUGGAGUCUGUUAUGCUGACGUUGGUUGGACACGGAACAUGCACAAUGAUUCAAAAUAUCCUUUGGUUCCUGGGCGUGAGAUAGCUGGAGUUGUAACUCAGGUUGGUAAAGAUGUCAAAGGCUUUAAAGUGGGUGACCAUGUAGGUGUUGGAACAUAUGUGAACUCAUGCCGAGAUUGUGAGAACUGCAAUAGCUCUCUAGAGAACCACUGCCCAGAAAGAGUUUUUACUUUCAAUGGCAUUGAUACAGAUGGAACUGUCACAAAGGGGGGUUACUCCACUCACAUUGUAGUCCAUGAAAGGUAUUGCUUCCAAAUACCCGAUGGCUACCCUUUGGCAAAGGCAGCACCUCUUCUGUGUGCCGGGAUAACUGUGUAUACUCCAAUGAUGCGACACAACAUGAACCAACCUGGAAAGUCACUUGGGGUCAUUGGACUCGGUGGUCUGGGUCACAUGGCUGUGAAAUUUGGUAAAGCGUUUGGUCUUAAGGUCACAGUUUUGAGUACAAGUGAAUCAAAGAGAGAUGAAGCCAUCAACCUCCUUGGAGCAGAUAAUUUUGUUAUAUCAUCAGACACACAGCAGAUGGAGUCCCUGAAAAACUCCCUGCACUUCAUAGUUGACACCGCUUCUGGUGACCAUCCGUUUGAUCUAUAUCUCUCUCUCCUUAAGGUUGGUGGUGUGAUGACACUAGUGGGCUUUCCCAGUGAGAUCAAAAUGCAUCCUGCAAGCCUUCUUCUUGGUGCGCGGAGCUUGUCGGGUAGUGUUGUUGGAGGUACAAAAGACAUCCAAGAAAUGGUUAACUUCUGUGCAGCGAACAAAAUCUAUCCAGAGAUUGAGAUCAUUAAGAUAGAUUAUAUCAAUGAGGCUUUGGCUAGGCUUGUUAAUCGAGAUGUGAAAUACCGCUUUGUAAUUGACAUCGUGAACUCUUUCAAUUUAGUUCUGAUGGCUGCUGAAUCAGAGAACGGCAACUGCAAUGCUUGGGCAGCGAGAGAUCCUUCUGGAGUUCUCUCACCAUACAAGUUUAACCGCAGAGCAGUGCAAAACAGCGAUGUUGCGCUGAAGAUCAUAUACUGUGGAGUCUGUUAUGCUGACGUUGGUUGGACACGGAACAUGCACAAUGAUUCAAAAUAUCCUUUGGUUCCUGGGCAUGAGAUAGCUGGAGUUGUAACUCAGGUUGGUAAAGAUGUCAAAGGCUUUAAAGUGGGUGACCAUGUAGGUGUUGGAACAUAUGUGAACUCAUGCCGAGAUUGUGAGAACUGCAAUAGCUCUCUAGAGAACCACUGCCCAGAAAGAGUUUUUACUUUCAAUGGCAUUGAUACAGAUGGAACUGUCACAAAGGGGGGUUACUCCACUCACAUUGUAGUCCAUGAAAGGUAUUGCUUCCAAAUACCCGAUGGCUACCCUUUGGCAAAGGCAGCACCUCUUCUGUGUGCCGGGAUAACUGUGUAUACUCCAAUGAUGCGACACAACAUGAACCAACCUGGAAAGUCACUUGGGGUCAUUGGACUCGGUGGUCUGGGUCACAUGGCUGUGAAAUUUGGUAAAGCGUUUGGUCUUAAGGUCACAGUUUUGAGUACAAGUGAAUCAAAGAGAGAUGAAGCCAUCAACCUCCUUGGAGCAGAUAAUUUUGUUAUAUCAUCAGACACACAGCAGAUGGAGUCCCUGAAAAACUCCCUGCACUUCAUAGUUGACACCGCUUCUGGUGACCAUCCAUUUGAUCCAUAUCUCUCUCUCCUUAAGGUUGGUGGUGUGAUGGCAAUAGUGGGCUUUCCAAGUGAGAUCCAAAUGCAUCCUGCAAGCCUUAGUCGUGGUGCGUGGACCUUGUCUGGUAGUGUUACUGGAGGUACAAAAGACAUCCAAGAAAUGCUUAACUUUUGUGCAGCGAACAAAAUCUAUCCAGAGAUUGAGAUCAUUAAGAUAGAUUAUAUCAAUGAGGCUCUCACGAGGCUUGUUAAUCGAGAUGUGAAAUACCGCUUUGUAAUCGACAUCGAGAACUCUUUCAAGUAG